AUGAAGCUCCUCGCUACAAUAGGCUUGCUUGCGGUCCUUGUACCUGGAGCGGUUUUCGCUGCAUCUGAGGUUGCCGCUCUACAAAGGCAAAAUGCUGCGGCCGAGGCAGAAGGAAUUGACAUCUCUUCUGAGGCGGAGGUUAGCGAUGCUUUCUCAGAGGACGCCACGGACGAAUCGCCCAGCGCAGCUGCGAAAUACGUGCAGUCGAAGGGUGAGAAGAACCUGGAAUCUUCGGCGUCAAUGCGACAGGCUGGACGGUCCAGAAAAAGAGGGUAUAACUACGUCGUAACGCCACCUUCUUAUUAUACGACGUCCAGGUCGUCGUACUCAAAAAUGGACUCCUACUCGGUGCCAUGGUCGACUCCCACGACGUACUCGAAAUCUGACUACGAGCUGUCGCCUAAUACAUAUUACUAUCCAUCGACGAAAACCCAGUACACAUCGGACAGCUACACUGCUCCUUUAUCUACCAAGAGCGACAGCAUCUCUGGCUUCAGCUACAGAACCACAUAUCGUCCAGCGGUUGCCUACUACAACCGGCCGAUCACCACGUACAUCUCCAGGAGCACCGAUUACGGACCGUACUCGAAGAGCGCCAGCGACUUCUCGACACGGGAGUACUACUACCGACCCCGGACUGCUGUUUAUCGUCCAGUGUCCUAUUAUGCGCCAAGCAAGACAGAGACUACAUACUCCAAGGAUUCAGACUUCGAUAGUUAUUCUCUCGAUUCCGAACUCACAAAGGGUUACUAUAGCCGCACAUCGUAUCGUCCGACAACAUGGACUACGUAUGAAUAUAGACCUUCGAGUUAUUCUCUCGCGGACUCAAAGGGAUACGAACUAGAAGAAUACGGUCCGUCGACAUAUUACACAAACACAUAUUACAGCCGGCCCGCCUACUACACACAGCGUGCGAAACCUGCGGUGUAUCGAACCACGUACGGUCGUCCGACAACCACAUACACAUACCCUCUGGUCACGAGGACGACUCGGUUGCUUCGCAACCGCCAACCCGCGCUGAAGGAGGAUCAGGGCGGGACAAAAGCCCCCACAGCAGCAGACACAGCGGCCGAGGAAGCAAGUCGUUCCCGAGAAGAAGAGGCGCGCGUUCAGGUCGAAUCUCCCGAUAAACCUGUUGCCAGUAAAACAAGCAGCGCUGACGAAUCGAAAGAUCCCGCUGUCCAGAUGGCUACAGAGCCAUCUCUCCCUGGGGUGGAAGAACUUGCCCAGUAG